UAAAAAAUAAUAAUAAUAAAUUUUGAUUGCUCGAUAUUUAUUGAUUCGUCGAACAACGAAACAAAACAAAAUAUAAACGAUUCUGAUUAGGAUUCAAAUGUUGAACAGGAAUGAAUUGAAACGAAAUAUCAUUUUCGUUAAUGUGUCAAUCGUUUUAGGAAAAGAUAGCAACCAGCAACCGUCGUUAAAAAAAACUAUGAUAUCAAUAUGGAAUUCUAAUGCCCGGAAGGUGAAAUGUCAUUGUGUCGAUGAUGAACAAAAAACCUUCAAUAAUAAUAAUGUGGGUCGAUUUUUUUUUUGUUUCAUUCAACGUAAAAACCACUAUAAACCUUUGACAAUAAUGAUUGGCAAUCUUGUAAAAAAUAAACCAGGUAUGAAAAUAUGGCCAUCAUUUAUUCCAUCAUUCACUCCGAUUCAACACACAAAAAAUUCAAAUAUUCAGUUCUUAAUGGAUUGAAAAUGGGAGACCACGUUUGGAAAAACAACAAAGUUGUGAUGAUAAUAGUGGUGGACGUAAAGAUUCAAUCAGUUCACAUACACCA